AUGGUGGCACUUGCACGCCGCGGUCUGGCAUUCUUGGUGAUUGCAGCUUGCGCAGCCUCCGCUUUGGCUGCAGAAGAAGCCGGAGGAAGUGAAUCGUUCAUAGCAAUCGGCCUUGAGAAAUCACCACGACCAGAGGGAUCGCAUCCUGCGAGACUUGGAGUCAAACCCAUCCUUGGUGGAGCGGCCAUCGGUACGGCCUUGCUUGCUGCCAUUGUUUACUUUGGCUUGAAGGUCCUCGGCACAAAAAUCGUCGAGGUAGACGCUAAGGUAAGUGAUGCAGAGGCCUUUGCCGUUCCCCCUGAGAUUACGGACGGGGAUUCGUUCUCCCUCACGUUGAUUGAAAGUUCCGUGCUACGACUAUGCAAUAUACGGCUACUUUUGCUUCAGGAAGCUGGAAAUAGGCUCGCUGAAGAAGUGUUAAAUCUCACUUCAAGUUUUACACUAGUAACUAAGAAGUACACCGCCUGGAUUGAAAUUACAGCACAGCAACCAAUUAGUCCAAUCAAAAAGUUGACUGCUACUGAGAAGCGAACCUGGAAGGAAAGGAACUCAAGCGCUCUUCAAACUUUCCUUGAUUGCGGAAAAGGGGAAGGCGAAUCAACCUGUACUGUACAGGUUGCCGGCGUCCCGGUUACCAUAGUGGCCGACAUGAGGCGGCCAAACCCCCAAACAAAUGAAACAAGCGACCCAUCAUCCGGAGCGCAUCCCAAAGACCAAUGA